AUGAAGGUUGAAUUAAUCGUAUUACUGUUCGCAUGCUUCUUGACACAGGCUGAAAUUACAACGAUACCAUCCCCGGAACAGAAGAACCAUUCGGAAGGAAACUAUACCAAGCACCGAUACAAGGCUCUCAGAGGCUCUGUGAUGCAGGAUAGUGGUCAGACUGGCAGCGAUAGCGACACUACAGGAGUACCAACGGAUGAAGAUAAUCCAAUUUUGAACGGUUACCUUGACGACGACGAUGACACAACGAUCGAGAGCCCUGGUCCUGCCCCCACUGAGCCUAAGCCACGAGAUCACGUAACCGGAGAACCAGACGUCCAUCAUAAUGUUUUCAUGAUUUAUAAGAUCAAAAAUGCCAGUGAAACUUUUCUGUUCAAUCUGCGAAGAAAACUUCAUGAAGGCAAGGUCAUGAUGCAGGAGCUUUUCCACCACCCAGUUGAUCCCGAGGAAGAAGACGACGUCGAGACUAGCACAGGAGCUAAUGCGACUACAGAAGAUUAUGGACGAGCUGAAGUUUUCUUGGACGGUCGCGAAUCACUCCAGAGGCCAUGCUCUCUGGAACAUAUGUCGUAUAUAGAAAGAAAUCAAAUAGCUGGAUGUUCUGGUGCUGUCCAGUUUGCAACUGAUUUGUGUGAAGUGUUCUUCGAGUGUUUGAGACCGAAAAAAACAAGAUUCGAAGUCUGCGAACAAAAGGUCUGUACGGAAUACAGCAGGUUUAGCCCACCUCCAGAUUGUGUGAAGAAACUUUUCUCAUGCUCUCAAUAA